AUGGAGAUCACACCGUCUUAUAGGUCUUCAAGGUCGAGAUCAAGAUCGAGAACAAGAAAUUCAACAGCCAACUCAAGGGCAACGUCAGCAACACGAAGACCAAGUAUAUCGUCGGCCAAGCGUUCAUUGUCGAGCUCUUCUUUAGACAGGCUAACUGUUACGCCAACUCGUAUUGAUAGUGAGAGAAGCAUCCCAUCAGUUCAGGUGGUGCUUGAUAACUCAUUACCCAAGGAUUUUUUCAAACAGGAUAUCAUUGCUCUUGCAAAGAUUUUGAAAAUCAGCAAAUGGCAUAAACGCAAUUUGUUACAGCAGCAUUUGGCAAUCACUAGAAUAUCGGGCGCACUAACUAAUUCGAUUUACAAGAUUGAAUAUAACGACGAUGAAAGUGAUGUUCAUCUUCCAGCGCUUUUGCUUAGAGUAUACGGGAAAAACGUUGAUGAAUUAAUAGAUAGGGAUCUGGAAUUACAAAUAUUGAUUAAGCUUUCACAAAAACGCAUUGGACCAAGAUUAUUGGGUAUUUUUACAAAUGGGAGAUUUGAACAGUUUCUUGAUGGCUUCGUUACUCUUAAUAAAGAGCAGAUUAGAAAUGAAGUCAUAUCGCAAAUGAUUGGUAGGAGAAUGAAGGAUCUACACUACAAAAUUGAGUUGAACAUGGAUGACUUCCAAUCAGCUCCAACGUGCUGGAGAUUAAUUGAAAAGUGGUUGAAGAUUUUGGAAUUUGAGUACAUGCCCCAGUAUGAAGCAGCAGGAAUCAAUCCCAAAGAUGUGUUUUUUUUCAAUUUCCAAGAAUUCAAAAAACUUGUGUUCAAGUAUAAGCAUUGGUUGUUUUCCAAGUAUGACGAAGCGAAAGAGGAGUUUGCAUCAAAUUACAAGUUUUGUCACAAUGAUACUCAAUACGGGAAUCUACUUCUUCGUGAAUCAUUUAAACCUGAGCAUAUUAUCAUAGGAGACAAUCCAAACUUUUCGGCAUCAAACUUCAAUGAUGUGGCAAUAAGAUCAACAUCCAAUAAAAAGGACUCGGACUUGGUAGUUAUAGAUUUCGAAUAUUCGGGACCAAAUUUCCCAGCUUUUGACAUUGUUAACCAUUUUAGCGAAUGGAUGGCCAACUAUCAUGAUCCGGUAAGAUCAUACUAUAUUGACCAGGACAAGUACCCAACCAAAUUGCAACAAUUGAACCUUAUAAAAUCAUAUAUUGAAUAUGACUUUCAAUUCCCUUCUUCGAAUUUAAAAACACUGAAAUCGCCAAUUGAACUAUCAGACAACCCUAAAUCUCAAGCGAUUAAUUUGAUCCAGCAUGAAAUUGAGAAAUUUUACAACGAAUGUGUUUAUUGGAGAGGUUCAGUACAAAUAUAUUGGUGUUUAUGGGGAUUAAUUCAAAAUGGUUCAUUGAAACCAACUUUGCAAGUUGAGUCUACUGGAGAAAAAGGUGUUGACAGCACUUACAACAUUACAGUAGAUAUUGAGAAAUUAUCAGUGGAUGAUUCAGAAGUUGCUACUCAAGAAGCCAUUACUUCUUGUGACGAUGAUUUUGAUUAUUUGAAAUAUUCUAAUCAAAAAAUUGCAAUCUUUAUGGGUGACGCUAUUCAAUUUAAACUAAUUGAUGAAAAUGAGAUUGAUCAAGAGUAUAGAAAAUCGAUAAAGUAUUUGAGUAUAGAUACUUUUGACUAUUGA